AUGUCACUCCACUCUUGGGUUGGGCUCUUCGUCAUUCUCGGUCUCGGCGGACAGUAUGCCUUCGCCUUCUCCUGCUUCGUCUAUCCAGUUCUUCCGCUCACAAUUCGCCAGCUUUACAUGCCAUUCCACCAGUCAGGUGGCCUGUGGUUUUUUGGACUUCUAGCUGUCAAUGUAGGAAUGGGAAUUGCUCAAAGAGCCGCUUGGAACCACACUUGCUGGACGAAAGGACAUGAACUCUGUGGACCACAGUUUGUCUCAAAUCUUCUUGGCGUCUGUGUAUUUUUAUAUACACUAAUCGUCAUGAUUCUGGUAGCAAAUCCCAGAUGGAAACGCAGUCCAUUGCCAGAGGAAGUGAGUCCAGCCAAGAAUACCGAGAAAACCGCUAAAAGCGCGAAAAAGGUUCGAAAUGAGUGA